CCUGCAAGUCCGGGCAGCGCUGCAUACCUCCGACACCGGCGUCACCCAGACGGCGCAUCCCCGACGCAGAAAACUCCCUCUUUGUUCAUAACAGCGGCGAGGACGGAGGAACGAGCCUCGCUUAUCGGCCACAUCGCCCGUUAGGCAACCCAGCGCUGCGUUAUCCGUGCAGCACAUUCCCGGACAUGGAUUCCGAUGAUAACUGGAUCCCAGAGGAUGUGGCCCGCUGGCUGGAUCACAUCGGUGUUCAGAAUCAGUCAACAAAUGUCCCAAGAGAAAAUGAAGUGGACCAUCUUCCGCAUCAAUACCUCCCAGACGACAUGGGCUGCCCUGGUUACUGCCACCUGUACGUCCCUCUCGGAGGGUCCGAGGGCUACGCCUACUGCGGGCAGGAGCAUGUGGUGCAGGGGGACGGCUGUGACCCGCCUCCUCUGACAGGCCAGUACUACAUCAGCACAGACCAGGAAUCAGGUGAGGAGUCCCGCUUCGGCCCAGCCACCGUGCUCCCUCCCGAGAGUGAGAUGCGGGGGUCCGAGGAUGUGUCGUCUAGCACGGUUCUGCAGCGGCUGAUGCAGGAGCACCUGCGUUAUGGCAGCCCGGCUGGAGACAGCGCCGCUCUGAGCGGUCUGCCACCCCCGCCACCGGCCCCCGCUGCUCAGGCCUCACACCCGGGCCCCGGUCCCCCAUCCCCCUCCGAGGGCCCGCUCCAGGACGACCCGCAGAUGGUGCAGCAGUCGGCCCGGCAGGAGCCUCAGGGUCAGGAGCACCAGGUGGACAGCACCACCAUGGAGAAGCAGGGGGGUCGGGUCUCGGGGCCGCUGCCGCCACCCGGCCCGGGACAGCAGCCCCCCCCACAGGUCAUGGAGGAGCUGCCCAGCUACGAGGAAGCCAAAGCCCAGUCGCAGUUCUUCCGCAGUCAGCAGCCGGUGUCUGUCGGCCCGGGUUACUACGUGCCGGCGGCCGUGGCCCCCACAGCCCCGCCCAGCCCGCCCCCCCCCAGCUCCUUGCUGCCCUGCGUGUCCCCCCAGAAGGUGCGCACAGAAGGCCGGGCGUCCCUGAGCCGCGGAGCCCCAGUGGCCCCCCCGCAUCGUGACGAGGCGCUGCUGGAGCUGAAGCAGGGUCACGUUCGCUCUCUGAGCGAGCGCAUCAUGCAGAUGACGCUGGAACGCAAUGGAGGCCGGCAGCAGGCCUCCGGCUGUGGCAGCCUGCCCAGCCAUGCCUCCGCCGGCCGGGCCCCCAAAGCUGGCCUACCCCCCACCAAGGCUGCGGUAGACCCCCGGGGCCCCCCACCGGAAUACCCCUUCAGGUCAAAGCAGGCCCUCCCCUCCACGGGAAAAGCCCCGCUGACCUCACCCACAGAGCACGGGUUGAUCGUCAGUGACUCCCAUGCGGGUGGCGUGAUGGACCUUCCCAAGUCCUACCUGCGCCCCCAGCCCACCAAGACGGAGAUCACCUACGUGAGAUACGCUUCACCCCCAGAGUACUUCACCAGGCAGUUCCCGGUAUCGCCUCUACAGCAGCACAGCCCAACAUCCUCACAGGCCUCCACCCUGUCGGCGUCGCUGGCCCCCCAGCCGGCCCUGGGACCCGCCGUCCCGCAGCUCCCCGGGGAUGCUUUCGCCAUCGUGGCCCGAGCACAGCAGAUGGUGGAGAUGUUGUCAGAGGAGAACAAGAUGCUGAGGCUGGAGAUGCAGGGCCAGAGCGAGAAGGCGUGCAGGCUUCAGCGGCUUGAGAGUGAGAUCCAGAAGAUCUCAGAGGCUUACGAGGGUCUGGUGAAGAGCUCAGCCAAGAGGGAGUCUCUGGACAAGGCCAUGAAGAACAAGCUGGAGGGGGAGAUCCGGAGACUGCAUGACUUCAACAGGGACUUGAGAGAUCGCCUGGAGACAGCUAAUCGGCAGCUGGCCAGCCGGGACCUGGAGACCAAUGAAGGCUGGCCCUCAGUCCCCCAGAGCAGGGAAAGUGCAAAAGAGCGAGAGAAGCUGGAGAUGGAGGCUGCGUCCCUGCGGUCGGCCAACGAGGACCAACGGCGGCACAUCGAGAUCCUGGAGCAGGCGCUCAGCAAUGGUCAGGGCAGAGUGGUCAAGCUGGAGGAGGAGCUGCGGAAGAAGCAGGUGUACGUGGACAGAGUGGAGAAGCUCCAGCAGGCACUCAGUCAGCUGCAGGCAGCCUGCGAGAAGCGGGAGCAGCUGGAGAGACGUCUGCGCACACGCCUAGAGCGCGAGCUGGAGUCGCUGCGGACACAGCAGCGCCUGGGCGGGGUGUCACAGAGCGCCGCGCCCUCGGGGCGUAGUGCCCCUGCCCUGAUGGAGCUCCUGAGGGAGAAGGAGGAGCGCAUCUUGGCUCUGGAAGCUGAUAUGACCAGGUGGGAACAGAAGUACCUGGAGGAGAGUGCCAUGCGGCACUUCGCCAUGGACGCAGCCGCCACCGCCGCUGCGCAGAGGGACACAACCAUCAUCAACCACUCCCGCGACGGCAGCUACAGCGACGGCUCCCUGGAAGCCCGCAUCUGGCAGGAGGAGGAGGAGAUCCUGCAGGCCAACCGGCGCUGCCAGGACAUGGAGCACAGGAUCAAGAACCUCCACGCCCAGAUCAUCGAGAAGGAUGCCAUGAUCAAGGUGCUACAGCAGCGCUCCCGCAAGGAGCAAGGCAAGGCGGAGGCCACGCCCCUACGGCCCGCACGCUCCGUGCCCUCCAUCUCCGCGGCGACUGGCCUCCACCCACGCCAAGCAUCCCAGACGGGCACUGGCAGUCCGGAGGACAGGAGGGAGGGGCGCAGCUGGAAGGGGAGUGCCAAUGCCCUCCUUGGAAAAGAGGCCAUGGAGGCCCUCCCGCCCCCCCUGCCAGCCCCCGCUACCGCAUCCUCACUGCCGGCCACACCGCUGCUCUCCGCCCACUCGAAGACGGGCAGCCGGGAUAGCUGCACGCAGACGGAAAGGAGCCCCGAGACGCAAAGGGCCACCUCCCUUGCGGGGCGUUCCCGCUUGGGCAACACCCCCAGUGGCAGCCCUGUCCUCCACCAUACUUUACCAAGGGGUGGGCCAGAGAGCACAGAGAGCCCAACUGCCAUCACAAAGCCCACGGACCUCAAGCCCCCCAGUGGGGCAGGUCAGCGGCCGGAGCUGCCGGAUACAGAGGUGGUGGAAAUACUGAUCUGAGCUGCUGCCCAACCUUGCGAUACAAGGCACUUACAGAAGGACAGGGAAAGAACGAGUGAGAUGAAGAGACAGAGAGAGAAAGACAGAGAGAGAGAGAAGGACGAGUGCAGUGAAGGGCAUCCCCAGGACAGGAAAAGGGUUUAUAUUCCUUUCUGAGUCAGUUCUGGAAGAGCACUGGUGGUUGUGACAUCAUCUUUGGCCCCAAUGGAAAGGCUUCUGGAAAGUUCCAUGGAAGGAGUCUCCUCUCCCAAGGACAGUAAGCAGUGUGGGAGGAGGUGGUGCGUCUUAGGACAGUCAUAAAACACUUGUUUUUGGCUUAGUGACAGCAUUCUUAAACGGUCAGGCCUGAGCCCCGCCUCCAGGCGGGACGUCCUGCCUGUGGGUGGGCGGGGUUAGGGCGGGGUUAUAGUGGGUCAUGUGGGUUCAUCAGACAGUCCAAAGCAGGAGUAAAAACAGAGAAGCGGGUUCUGCAGAUUGCCUGCACACGGCUUUGGUGGGCGCAGCAGUGAAUGUGAAGGUGUUGCUGUGACUUGCUCAGGACCCUGACACCAAAUUCCCCCUCAAUCCCCCCCCCCCCCCGUGCUCAGAGAGGGUGGGGUCUCGGGUGUCAAUGGAGAGAAGCCGAGGCGGACCCACACCCCCCCCCAGCACCUCGGUCUGUCCCCGGACACUUCUAUGGCGGAGACGGCAACCAGCAGUCUUUGGACAAAAACAGGCUGCCAUCAUCUGCCAGUCCCGCCAACAUCACCCUCCCCCCUUACUGUCAGCCCGUCCGUCUUGCCUGUCAAAUGUAUAUAUUUCUCUGUGCGGAUCCCCUUCUGGGGCCCGUAUAACAAAGCAGGAUUUCCUGCUUAGCCAGAUAACUUGUGGGAUUUAAGGUAGUCUGGGUUAAAUACAAGUGAACAAACAUAAACCCAUUUAAACCGACAAACCCCGUCCUGAUACAGGCCCCCGGUCUCUCCGUUCUUGCUGGAGCCACUGAAGGAGACAGAGAAACAGAAACACGGCAUGUUGGGGGGGGGGGGGGGGGGGGUUAGUGUUACACGCCUCUGUUGGCCAGAACGGGGCAGCCGGGGACAUGAACUCAUUUCAGACCCAACUUUAAAAAUGUUUUAUUUGUAAUUUUUGAAAUGCCAUUAAUUUAUCCUAAAUAAUAAUAUUCAGUGUUCAGGUUAUCCCACAAACCACCUUAAAUAUGAGCGAGAUGAGUGAACCUGCUUGUUAUGUUCUGAUCUUUGUUGCUGUGCAAUACAGACUAACAGGGUUCCUGUCUAUUUAAAGCUUGCUGUCAUUUUCUUUGCGUUCUGCUGUUCUGAGAUCAGCUUUAUUUCACAUACACAGCGUGUUUGAAAGCGUGGACAGGACAGAAGUGCUGAAUGCGGGUCUCCACCGAAAAUGCCAGCUUUAUCUUAAAGAAAUAAAAAUACUAUUAUUAUUAUUUAUUUAAACGUUUAGCAGUGCGCAGACAGCUAUAUGCGGAGCCGUGGUUAUUUUACUUCUCCACACUCCAGCUUUGCAUUAGUUUCUUCUUCCUCCAUCCAUCCAGCAUCCUGUCUUUCUGUUCAUUCCAAGCAGCUGCGUGAAGAUGAGAAGACGUCGGUGUGGCUGCCCGCGCCGGCAGCAAAGGGCUGCUUGUACAGAGCUGUGUGCUGCUGUGACUUUCGUGUGUUACAGGUCAGGUUUUUGUUCCCAGCUGAUGGUAGACAGUGAUUUCCUGAACCAAAGAGAUUCCUAUUUUUGCUGCGUAAGACUGUGCCUUUAAUGUGUAUAGUUUGGAUUAAAUGACACCUGAGCUCCUCCUCCUUCA